GUCAACAUGGCGUCGUCGAAAGUUGAAUCCGAGCUUGGCGAGUCUUCUCCAGGCAACACAGAUUCCAGUAUUGUCAGUACAGCACCUCGUGAAAACAUGAUCAACACAGCUAUUAAAUUUUUGCAAAAUCCAAAGGUCAGACAAAGUCAAUUUUCAACAAGAAGGGCAUUUCUUCAGAAAAAAGGUUUAACAUCAGCUGAGAUAGAGAUCGCUAUUCAGCGUUCUGGAACAGCAGCAGAUGAACAUGCUCCACCUCAACCACCUGUUCAAUCUGGUGCUGUAAUUCCAAUGUCAUCUGCUACUGCCUCAUUGCCAUCACCUUCUCCAAAGUCCACUUGGGCCAAGACAAGAGAUUUUUUAGCUGUGGCAGUUAUUGUUGGUGGUGCUACGUAUGGUAUUAUGAAAUUAAUUAAGGCUUAUUUUGCACCAUUGCUUCAGUCAAGAAAAGAAGAAAUAGAAAGACUGGAGAGAAUGGAACGUUCCAUUCAAGAACUCAACACUAAUGUAACCCAAGCAUUGAGUGAGUUACGUGGCACUCUAGUCAACUUACAAGAGGCCCUUACACAAAACAAUGACAAAUUACAAGAUGCAUCUGCUGGAAAGAUUAUUGGCAGGAGUAUUGAUCAGCAAUCGAUAAAUGAAAUUAAAUCAGAAGUAUUAUCCUUGAAAGGACUUAUACUGAACAGGCACCAAUUUCCAUCAGCUCCUACCCCAAGUCCUAUCCCAGCUUGGCAGAGAGUAGAUACUGCCUCGGCCAAGACGUCAGAAACUCAAGAUGAUGUCUCUGCAGAUGAAACUAAAGUAUCUGGAUUAUUGAAUACUGGGAGUGGUCAAGCAGAAUCAGUGUUAACUGUUGAAAGUCAAAGUUCAGAGAUCAAAAGUCAAGAUGGGAUUAAUGUGACAGAGAAUGUGCUAGAUACAAGUGCUGACAUAGCACUAGAUAUAGACAAUGAUGGCAUGAAGGGAGUGGAAGCUGACAAAAAUCAACCCGAAAUUGAUACUCAGUGUGAAAAUGUGUCUGGCAGUGCACUACAAACAAGUACUCAAGUCUCUCCAGAGGUCAACAAGCUGAUGCCAAAUGGUGACACAGACCAACAUCAACCAGGAGUAGAGAUCAACAGUCAAAGUUCACCAUGUGCUGAAGUUAAAAAUCAAACCAAUCAUGUUAUCCAAGUUGAUGGUAAAAUGAAAACCAUGGAUUACAUUAAUAAUGUAGAUUCUACCAUUCCAAAUGAACCAAACAGUAUGGACACGAUUGAACCCAGUCAGGUCAAAGGUCAACUGAAUGCUCCUGCUGAGGAACAAGAUGCCUAAGAAUUAUUUGCAUAAUUUUAUUCAACAUAAUCUUGAUGAGCCUGUGAUUAAUUUCCCUGAAGAGUGAUACCUCAAAAAAAAAAUAGAAUAGCCUUGAACUUGAUUCAGAGAAUUUUCAUCUUAAAAUCGCCUUGGUAACAUUCAUUGUUACAGUAGCAAAUCAUACUGCUUCUCAACUCUAGCCCUAAUUAUCGUUUUUAGAAAUUGAAAAAAUCUUCACUACACCCCCACUGCAAAUUUUGCAAGCCACAAAUGUUUGCUAGGAAAUCUGAUCCUGGAUAACUUGAGUAGUGUAAAUUUUUCUGGUUUCAGUGACUAAUCCCAGCUAAACUCUCAAAUUGUUGUGAUUUUUGACAUCAACAGUUAACUGCUUACACUAUAUGUGGUUAAGUGAUUAACACACAUGUAUUUGUAAUUUUAGUAGAGCAUGCACUAUGGAAAAGAACAGUGUCAAUGAUAUAGCCCUUCUAUUAGAGAUAUGUCUACCAGAGAAAAUAGUAUCAGGUGAUCUCUACUUUCUAUGCAAAUUACUCAAGAUAAUUUAUUUACAAAGUAUUAAUAUAAUCUGCCAAACUGUAACAACAUUUAUAUUAU